GCGAAAACAUCAACAUGAUGUAAAUUCUUAUCGCCAUGUCAGUUGUGAACGUUUGUGACGCGAUAUUCUGUUGUGUUUUAAUAUAUAAUUGUAGUGUAGUGUGCUAGCGACCUGUUAUUAUUGUGAUAAACAUAAAUCAUGGAUGAUUUAGAUGCUCUAUUAGCUGAUUUACAAAACACAGUGCCGGGGUCUAUAAAUAAAGGACAAGCAGGCGGUCAUGGUGGAAUUUCACAUUCGGGUUCCGGACACGGUAACUUUUCCAGUUCCGGUCAUGGUAACAUUUCCGGUUCCGGUCAUGGUAACGUUGGUGGUUCCGGACAUGGUAACAUUUCCGGUUCCGGACAUCGUAACGUUGGUGGUGCCGGACAUGGUAACGUUUCCGGUUCCGGGCAAGCCACCUGCGGAUAUGGUUCUCUUAACGCACCCAGAGUUAUAACUAGCCCUCAUACAGUACAGCCGCUGAGUUCCUACCAGAGCCACAGUCGCCAAGGAAGUGGAAGUGGAAGUGCUGCCUUCAGUUAUACCGGCGGAAGCACCAACUUAAAUGCUGGAAAUUUUAGAGGUUCCAUCAACCAUCAUGGUGGAUCAGGAACCAGCGGCCACCACGGUGGACCUGGAGGCCACCACACUGGUAACGCCUAUGAUGGCACCGGUAACAGUUACGGAACCACAACUUCUCCGAGUGGAACCAUAAUUCGCACAGUUCAUUAUGAUACUCCUGCAAUGGACGGAGAUAGAAACUCUCAGGUGAAGUCUCCAGUUCAAAUGAGAUCCAGGACUCCUUCUGUGCCGGAACCAAGGAAGACACCUUCGUCAAGCCAUAAUUUGUCGGAGUUGGAUUCAUUGCUGCAGGAUUUGAGCAAUGCUCAUUAUGCAUCUAUAUAUGAUAAAGAUCGAUCUAUGAAUGGAACAGCUAGUCCAAUUUAUACUUCACCAAAUGGUACUCUAGGUCCACGUGGGUCAUUAGAUAGACCAUCAGUAGACAGUUUACUUCAAGAACUGAAUUCUGCAGCACCAAUUGCAAAUUCUACUAUGAAUUACUACGCUAAUGGUGAUUCUCCACGUCCUGGCAAACAAGUAACGACAACUGUACGAGAAACGAAAACUAUCGAACCAAUGUAUGCAGCUACUAAUCAACAAAACCAGGGGCAAAGACCUGCACCAAAUGAGGAUGUCUUCCAAGGAGUGUUAUUCUCCGAAACAAAUCGACCACCAAAUUCUGAUGGAUUACCUUUCCAUUCUGAACGCAUGACAACGCACAUGGUCCGAAAAAUUGGAGCAGCACCUGCUGCUUCUUCAGCAACAAGAGAACUGGAUGACCUGAUGGCGUCUUUAUCGGACUUCAAGAUUACCUCGAGCUCUCACCAGCACCAAACGGUGACAGAAUCGAGCAAAUCAGUGCAAACGAUCACCCACAAAGAUCAAUUAGAUUCUAUGUUAGGAAACUUACAAGCAGACAUGUCCAGACAAGGUGUUAAUACUGCUCAGAAAGGAAGCUGUGGUGCUUGUGACAAAGCCAUUGUUGGGCAAGUCAUAACUGCCCUUGGCAAAACAUGGCAUCCUGAACAUUUCGUUUGCAACCAUUGCAACCAAGAAUUGGGAACAAGAAACUUCUUCGAAAGAGAUGGUCAUCCAUACUGCGAACCUGAUUACCAUAAUUUGUUCAGCCCAAGAUGCGCGUAUUGUAAUGGAGCUAUUUUGGAUAAAUGCGUAACAGCCUUAGAAAAAACUUGGCACACAGAGCACUUCUUCUGCGCCCAAUGUGGUCAACAAUUUGGUGAAGAAGGUUUCCACGAAAAAGAUGGUAAACCUUAUUGUCGCAAUGACUAUUUCGAUAUGUUUGCUCCCAAAUGUGGAGGAUGCAACCGUCCAAUCAUGGAAAAUUAUAUAUCUGCCUUGAACAGCCAGUGGCAUCCUGACUGCUUUGUCUGCAGGGAUUGCAGACAACCUUUCCACCACGGGUCCUUCUUUGACCAUGAGGGUCUGCCCUACUGCGAGACCCAUUACCAUGCCAAAAGAGGCUCCUUGUGUGCAGGUUGCCACAAGCCGAUCGCCGGCAGAUGCAUCACGGCGAUGUUCAGGAAAUUUCAUCCAGAACACUUCGUUUGCGCUUUCUGUUUGAAACAAUUGAAUAAAGGAACAUUCAAAGAACAAAACGAUAAACCAUACUGCCAUAAUUGCUUUGAUAAACUAUUUGGAUAAAGGAUAUUUUUGUAUUUUUUGCAAACAAGAGAGAAAGUAAGUUUUGGAAGGAUUUGAUGGGAUUUAA